CUUUCCCUCCCUCUCCACUCUUCUCUCUCCGUUCCAUCAGGUCAGUAUUGUCUGGAGUCUCAGCAGACCACAUCUCAACAUGGAUGACGUGUACAAAGCAGCGGUUGAGAACCUCACAGAAGAGCAGAAAAAUGAAUUCAAGGCAGCGUUCGACGUCUUCAUCCAGGAUGCAGAGGACGGCUGCAUCAGCACCAAAGAGUUGGGCAAAGUCAUGAGGAUGCUCGGCCAGAACCCCACCCCAGAGGAGCUCCAGGAGAUGAUUGAUGAGGUGGAUGAGGAUGGGAGCGGCACUGUUGACUUUGAUGAGUUCCUGGUGAUGAUGGUGCGCUGCAUGAAGGAGGAGAACAAAGGGAAGUCUGAAGAGGAGCUAGGCGAGCUGUUUCGAAUGUUUGACAAAAAUGGGGACGGGUACAUCGACCUGGAAGAGCUAAAGAGCAUGCUGGAGUCCACUGGAGAGGCCAUCACUGAAGAUGACAUCGAGGAGCUGAUGAAGGACGGAGACAAGAACAACGAUGGAAAAAUUGACUAUGACGAGUUCUUGGAGUUCAUGAAAGGUGUGGAAUGAACAGUGUGCUGCCCCCUGCUGCUCCAAACCUCCCCCUGCCCGUGCUCUCAGUCUCUCUCAUACUGUACCAGAUCAAUGUGAUGUCACCAACAGUCAAUAAAACCGUUUACAUCUC